UCCGGACAAUCAAAUUGAACACUUUACUCGAGCAUACAAAUCCUUCUUUUCAAUCAAUCCAGACAAGUAGAGAAAGAGAGAGAUGGCAUCUGGCUGGGGAAUCAAUGGCACCAAAGGCAGGUGCUACGAUUUCUGGGUCGACUUCAGCGAGUGUAUGUCGCGUUGCAGAGAGCCCAAGGACUGCGCUCUCCUCCGUGAAGACUAUCUCGAAUGCCUCCACCAUUCCAAAGAGUUUCAGCGAAGAAAUCGAAUUUAUAAGGAAGAGCAACGUAAAUUAAGAGCUGCUGCAAGAAAAGACAAGGACGGUGCAGAUGGUGUUCACCAUCAUGCAUAGCGAUAGUUCGUGUUCCUUUAAAUUUCCAAGAAUAAUAAUGCAUGGAGAUUGUUGUAUUUUGUUGGCAUCUUUUCUGAAUGACCUUGGUUUCCCUUUCCUUGCAAUGGACAUUGUUGUUUUGAGCCUGUGCAACAGAGGCAAUGAUUAAUAUUU